AUGCUACUGGUUUACCACCUUCUCUGUAACCACGUGCCUCCUGCAAGACCCAGGGCUCCCAGACAGAUGUGGCCCCUAGCAGGGCCUGCCCCCGUCUGCAGGACGUCCCCUUACAGCAGGGCUCCUGUACUAUUUGCCUUCGACCCACCUCUCCGCUGGCCAAGCCAAAGACCAGGGGAGGACCUGGAGGGCACCGCCCUGCCAGCCAGCCAAGAUCAUCAGGUGCUAAAGCAUCAAACGGGUGCCCAUGAGGCCACCGCCAGCCUGAGUUUGUAUGUUUAUGAAACCAAGGAAGCCAUAUCUUAA